AUGUCGAGCCUACUCGACAAGAUCACCCCGAAAUCGGGCAGCGCAAAGGAUGGCGCCGACCGCAAGGAGCGGGCCAGCAUGGAAGACGGCGGAGCGACCGUCUCGCACCGACGCGCACAGGACGACGAGCCCGAGUCGCGCUCGUCCCCCUUGCCCGGCUUAGCCAGGGGCGGCGGCGUCGUCGAGGCGUUGGACUUGAUUGAAGAUGACGACGAUAGAGAUCUGGCGGAGCGAAUGGGCCAUAAGAGCGAGUUUGCCAGAGAAUUCAAGUCUCUAUCGACCAUCUCUUUCGCCUUCUCAAUCAUGGGCCUUAUAUCGAGCGUUGCGACCACCUGGAACACUCCAUUCUUGUACGGUGGCUAUGCGACGACGAUUUGGGCAUGGGCUAUGGGCUCCUUCUUCAACCUGUCGCUCGCGACGGCGAUCGGCGAGAUCAUCUCUGCCUACCCUUCUGCUGGCGGCCUGUACUCUGCGUCGGGUCUUCUGGUGCCAAAGAAGUACCGCGCAAUCACUGCCUGGUGUACAGGCUGGCUCAAUUACACUGGCCAGAUCGCCGGUAUUGCAGGGACUGCUUGGGGUCUGAGUCUGAUGCUCUGGGCGUACGCAUAUGUCGCAACCGGCUACACACCUCCCGGCUCGGCCACUCAGUCGAACGGCGCGUACGUCGGCCUGUACAUCGCCAUCAUGGUCGUUCACGGCUUGAUCGUUUCUUUUGACAACAAGUGGCUCGCCAAGAUGACGAGCGCGUAUGUGUUCAUCAACCUCGGCAUCACCGUCGUCACAUCGAUCGUCGUGCUUGCACGCACGCCCGCCAGCGAGAUGCUUACUGGCCACGAAGCGUUCGGCCAGAUUACCGACAACACGGGGUACCAGAGCCAAGCGUUUGCCUUCUUCAUCGGGCUGCAAUGUGUACAGUUCGUCAUGACGGACUAUGACGCGACGGCGCACAUGUCCGAAGACAUCCACCGCGCUUCGUAUGCAGCGCCUGUCGCGCUUUUCUUUGCCGUCGGCGGAACUGGUAUUUUCGGUUUCUUGCUCAACACCGCCAUGGUGUUCGGCUCACGCGGCGUGCUCGACGCGGAUGUCAUGUCCUUCCCCGGCCAGCUGGCCUUUGCGCAAGUCUUGCUCAACCGCGCGGGGCGCGUCGGCUUCCUGAUCAUCUGGCCCUUCAUCAUGGCCGUCGCCUGGUUCGUCAUCACGACUGCGCUGCAAGCCAACUCGCGCUCCUUUUACGCGUUCUCGCGCGAUGGCGGCCUGCCAGACAACAAGUUCUUCGCUCGCGUCAACAAACGCACCAGGCAGACUGUCAAUGCGACCUGGCUCGUCGUUGUCCUAUGCGUGGUUAUGAUCUUCCUCUCCUUUGCCUCGACAAUUGCCGUCGGUGCGAUCUUUUCACUCGCUGCUUGGGGCAUGGAUACAAGCUACCUCAUUCCUAUCAUCUGCCGCCUGAUCUUCCAGGAUCACCCUGACGUUCGGUUCAAGCCUGGGCCCUUCUACCUCGGCCGCGGCAUGCUGUCCACGGUUGUCAACUACACCGCUGUUGUCUGGACGCUCUUUGAGGUUAUCGUUCUCUCCUUUCCUAUUGUCACGCCGUACACGCCGCAGACUUUUAACUACUCAUGGGUUAUCGCCAUCGCGAUCCUGAUCCUUGCGCUCUUGUGGUAUGCCGCCUGGGCGCACCGCCACUACCAGGGCCCGCACAGCAGCAUGUCCAGCGACCAGCUGCGCAAGCUCGGCAUCGUCAGCAGGGCCGAGGAGGCGGACGCGGCUAGCAACCAAGCGCCGUUUUCCGGCAGAUCCCCACCACCGUACCGUAUCCCCCUUGACGAAAAGGCAACUUGA